UUUAUUUACUGAGGUUCGAUCGGCAGCCAAGUUGGCCAAACAUACAACACAGACCCGUGCUUUAGUUUUACUCUAUUCUAUUUUGAUGCCAAAGAAAGUGACCUAUUAAUGAACCUGAUGACCGUAUAAGCCUGAACUUAACUGCCAGUUAACUCGUCCACCGGCAAACAGUUAAAUCGUCCACAACUAAUGGUUAUGUCGUCCAUAACUUGUACUUGACGCGUACACACUUAAUUUUACAUAACAGAUUACAACAAUCCCUUAUUGUCCAGUACUUGUAGUUGAAGAAAUUACCAGUUUUAAAAAAAGAAGACCAGAACACAAAAAUAACUAUUAAAAACAUCACAUGAAAGAUCAUGCACGGCUCACGUAUUACCAGAACCCUGUGCAGUUCCUGUUUGCGGCGCCAAUCUACCAUAAAAAAAUCGUAUGACACGGCCAAUGUCAAAACAUUGCAGCUUCUCUAUGGAUAUAAUCAGCCAGGAUAUUCCGCUCAAAGUUUUUUUAGUUUCCUGCAAAUCACAAACGGAAGGAACAUAAGUACGAGUUCCAGACUUGUUCCAACUUUCCAAACAGUUUUUAAACCAGCCAUAUAUCAUCCGUCCUUUAAUUUAAAAUAUAGACAACCGUGGAAAAUUAGUAAUUUAAGUGCCUAUCGGAGCUUUCAUACAAGUCCCAGACGGAAUGUACCACCAUUUUUAUGGUUGUUUAUUAAACCUAUAGCAAAAGUUGGCGCCAUCUUGACUGGCAGAAGUACAAGAAAAUGGUGGAAAUCUCAAACGAGAGAUAGAAAGUUUUUUAUUUUAGGAAAAGCUUUAGAAAGAUGGCACUUCAUAUUAUUUGGUGGUAUAAGUUGUAUAAUUACUGCUGUUAUAUAUUAUCGCAUACAUCAAGAAGUUUCGCCAAUCACUGGAAGACAAAGAUUUAUAGCUUUUACGCCCAGUCAGUUUCUGAAGAUCGUCCAGGCUGAAGCAGACAUGUAUACAGAACAGUAUAAUGAUAAGUUAUUACCUGCUGAUCACCGAUUGGUUGAAUAUGUUAAAAAUAUUACAAUGCGAUUGGUUCAUGGUAAUAAGGAGUUAAAGGAAAUGUCCAAUCAACAAUGGACGAUAGCUGUUGUAGAUGAUGUCACUACCAAAAAUGCUUUUGUGCUUCCUACUGGCCAUAUUUUUGUUUUUACGGGUAUUUUAAAUGUUGCCGAUAAUGAAGAUCAGCUGGCCAUUGUGAUUGGUCAUGAAAUGUCACAUGCUUUAUUAUCACAUGCAGCAGAACAACUCAGUUUCGCUCAGUUGAUUGACAUCUUUGUGAUAGCUGUUAUGGCUGCUAUCUGGACAAUCAUGCCUACAGAUGGUUUAGCUGUGGUUACCCAGUGGUUUUAUAAUAAAUGUAUACAGCUAAUGUUAACCAUGCCAUAUUCUAGAAAACUGGAACAAGAAGCAGAUAAAGUGGGAUUAAGAUUAGCAGCAAAGGCAUGUUUUGAUGUAAGAGAAGGUUCUGUAUUCUGGACUAAAAUGAAACUAGCAGAAACUGGUGAACAGACGAGUAUGCCUGAAUGGUUGUCAACACAUCCUUUAAGUGAUAAACGUAUUGAACAUUUAAACUUUCUCAUGGCAGAUGCUAUAGCAUUACGAGAGGAAGCCAAAUGUCCAAGACUAAAGUCAAAUGACCCUCGCGAGACAAUCAAAGUAAUGUCCAAGAUGGUGGAUGAUUUCAACUUGGCUCGUAAAACCCGCCAGAAUCUUCGUCAAGUUCAUCAUGCUCAGCCUCAGGAUCGUGCUAUAUGAGCCAACAAUAUAGUUAUAUAAAAAUGAAGAGUUAGAUAAGGCCAUAUAAAAAAAUAUAUAUUCUGGUUAUCUUACAAUCCAUGUUACCUCUGCGUCUGGGGAUAGGUUUAUUGCUUAUCCUCUCUAAAGUAAACUCAACUUCGGUAUCCCCAGUGGUUCUACUCCACUAACCCCUGGGUCCAUUCUCAGAGUUUUCACAAAUUCAGAUUAUCUGCUCAUGAUGAUUUCACUGGUCAUGUAGGUUGAUUCUACGAACCAAUCAAAAACAGUUUAAAUAUCAGUCUUAGCAUCAUUGUUUACAUUCACCACUAUGGGGAUGUUUGAUUGUCAGUCCGGAAGGUCCAGAAUUGACAGAAUUACAAUCGAGUGACAUUGAAUUCAGUCUUGUCACAGUUCUGUCAGUCACAACAAAUAUGCAGUCAUUGACUGUGUUGUUGCCAGAAAUCACCCUUUUCACUCGAUUGUCAAUAUUUUGGGGAUUGACAGAAUUCAAUUCCGCAACGUUCAAACGAGCAUCCCCAAUAUGUCUCCCCUGUGAAUGUACCCAGGAGUUAUUGGAGUAGAACCGAACGAUACCACUGGGGAUACCGAGGAUGAAGUAACCAGUGCUUUUGUUAAAAGGUUUUCAUCACAUGACUGGUCACUAUUGAGAAAGAGAGGGACAUUAGGUUUUAAUGUCCACUCGACACAAACUUGGUCAAUUCGGGAUUAACACAUGGUUAAUUUUAUUAAAAUAAUUCGCUUGUGCGUAGGGGUCUUUAGCAUUGUAAGGAAACCAGAGGACCCGGAGAAAACCCACAAGGUUGGACAGGUGACCCUACUCCUUGUCACGUACAACCGGGGAAUUGAAACAACGCCAGUUGACACAAUAACAGACCUUAUGAUACAGCGCGCACACUGGAUAAUCCAAUGUUACAUUAACCUCAUGGUGACAAAUCAAACAAUCAAUUCUAUGGUGAUUUAAUGUAAAAUAUGUAUUACAUGUUGUUUUACAGUCAUGCUGAAUAAUUUCCCAGUAUAUGUUUAUAUAGACAAAUGUUUGGACUGAUUUAGAAUUUUAUCAAAUUAAUUGAAAUCAAAAUGUAGGGAACUAUAUUUUUAUCUUGUCUCUAAAAUUCAUACAUGUACUUUUAGCUUGAUGUGAUAUUUUAUAAAAAGGACAUUUUUUUUUUUCAAUUAUUGUGAAUCAAGGAUUAUUUUGAAGCAGAUUUUGAAGGUGCAAUCUGAUUUAAAUACAGAUCUAUAUUUCGUUUCGUUUUUUUAUACUUUCGAUGGCCUACACUACAUAAAGAUCUGACAAGUUAUAGUGGGAGUUCACGUCAGGGGUCAUACGCGCGGCUUUUGACCCUAUGAUGUCAGACAUUUGAUUAACCAAUCAGCAUUGAUGUUACUAGUGGAUUACCCACAGUUCCAUGCAAAACACUCCUAAAGCUCCCUGUAACAGACCGUUUCAAUGGCUAAUUCCUCACACCAUUCAGAACAGGUCAAUGAUAACAAAUCUUUCAGAUCCCAGUGUAGUAAAGACAAGUAAAACUAAAUUUUGAACUAUAAAAACGAAACGAAAUAGGAUCUGUGUUUUAAUCAGAUUGUUGAAGGUGCUCAUGGUAAAAAUAAAUAUUUUAUCUUUGUUAAUGUCUGUAAAAAAAGGUUGUUGUUCAAUGUUAUGGGUAAUGGUAAUUAACUUGCAAAAAAUGAGAAAUUAAUUGUAAUGAUUUAACGGUAAUCGUAAUGUAAUUAAUAUCAUUUACAAUGUAAUGACCACAGGCUUGUUUGAUUUUACACCCUAAUUCACAGAUUAUAGCAAGAUGUUAUUUGAUUUAUUACAAUGAUUUUUAAUGUGAAUUCGAGUUAAGAGUCAUAUUACAGUGUGGAUGACUGAGCUGAUAGUAUGAGCUUAUGUUAAUUGCCAAUCUCAAUUUAUCAUCAUAAUAAUGCAUUUGAUAUAUAAUUACAGCAUUUAUUACAGUGUGGUUGACAUGAGUUUAUGUUAAUUGUCAAUCUGAAUUUAUCUUCAUAAUAAUGUAUUUGAUAUAUUACAGCAUUUAUUACAGUGUGGUUGACAUGAGUUUAUGUUAAAUGUCAAUCUGAAUUUAUCUUCAUAAUAAUGUAUUUGAUAUAUAAUUCAUAAGUGCCAUUUAUAUUGAGCAUGAACACAUGGUUGGCGAUGAUUUGGUUUAAGCAGUAUUUAUUUUAAAAAAUUGUACAAUUUAAAGGCAAAUAAAAGAGGAUACCAAAAAAACAAGCUAAGUAGGCUUAUAUUAAUUUGCGAUAAUUUCAUGUAUACCCUGUUGGAUGAAACAUGUACUAAAUAACGUGAAAGUAUUAUUAGCGAUAAUUUCAUGUGUAAAAUGUAUUUGGUUGGAUGAAAUAAUGUAAUAAUUUGUGAUAUUUAGAAAUAAAGAGUGAUAAUUUAUUAU